AAGAAUUAAUUAGCCCAAAAAGUAUUGGGCUGGACGAAGACAACACAAAACAUAUGUAGCCCACAUUUCUCCCUUAAUUCUUUGUAAAACCCCCAAAUCUUACUAACCUUUACGGCGAAAUCCCCACAUUUCCGAAGUCGGACAAACGGUAGUUGGUUGAAUCAAGAGGAGACAAACAAUGCCGCUUUAUGAUUGUAUGCUUUUACUGAAACCGCAUGUAAAGAAGGAGUCUCUGAUGGACCUUGUUACAAAGGUUGGGAAACAUGUUUAUAGAAAAAAUGGUGUGCUUACAGAAUUGAAGUCAUUUGGUCAUGUCCAACUGGGUUAUGGCAUUAAGAAACUAGAUGGAAAAUACUAUCAGGGUCAACUCAUGCAAAUGACAAUGAUGACACCACCCAGUUUUAACAAUGAGCUGCAUUACUUGAACAAAGAAGACCGCUUACUUCGUUGGCUUUUAGUUAAGCAUCGCGACUUCGACUUUGGAUUUGACUUUUUGGGUGGAGGCGAUGCUAAGAAUGAACUAAGCAAGUACAGGAGCAGCAUAUAUGAAAGCGAGGAAGAAGAGGAAGAUGAUGACGACGAUGAUGAUUAUAAUGUCGAUGAAUCCGAGAAGAAGUCGGUCUAGAAAACUGAUUUCACUAUAAGCUGAUUAGAGGCCACCAUAACCCAAACCUGAGGAAGAUAAAGAGGUCACAAGUGAACGUAAACGUACAAGUUAAUGCCUGGCUGAAACUAAUACUGGUAGAUCAGUAGAAAUUGAUAAUUUGCUGGAACUGUCACUUUUGUCUUUGGUCUUUACUAUGACAGUUUUUCUGCCACCUUCCAUCACCAGUCAAGUAUGUUGUUUAAUCUUGAUUAUAUUUCCUUGAUAUUUGAUCUUGGAGUGUGUUUCGUCUGUACAUAUGAUUCUACCUCGUAUGGCUUGUGCUAAUCUGAGACUAAAUUGUUUUGUCUUGCUCUAAA